UAUUUUUGUGUUUCCUAAUUUCCUAACCUAAAAACUUGGUAAAAUAGGUCAUACAUUAUUAAUAAAAUAUAAUGUCUAAUAGCAAUUUAUUCUUAAAAUCUGGCUUUGUAAGAGCACCGCUUCAAAAUGGUGUCGGCCGUUAUGUUUGUCAGUUACAAAGAAUUGUACUGAAGUUCUGCAAAAGUCAUGGAGGAAGUCGAGGACUACGAGACUACAUAGAACAAGAUUUAGUUGAUUUUGCAUCAAACAACCCGAGCGUGGUUGUGUACUUAAAGCCAAGAAGACAUCGGAGCCCUGUUGUUGUUGCUGAGUACUUAAACGGUGACAGAGUAUGGAUGAGUAUGCACAACAAAACCCAUUCAGAGAUAACAAAAUGGAUCGAAGUUUUACGUACACAACAGGGUGAUGUCUCCGCAACUAGACUACGAAAAUAUCAGUACACAGAUUACCCAUCAGUUCAAGGUCCAUGGACACCGUUCAUAUACAAAGAUCCUAAAUUAAAUGUAGCGGAGUUACCCGAUCCUGAAUUUGGUGCUAAUAAUAGACUACCAAUGUCCGCUACCGAACAAUUGAAGAUUAUGUUUGAGAAGAAACAACUAGAGAUAAAACCAAAAGAAGAAUAGAGUUCUCGUGUAGUCUAAAUCAGUAAUAACAUAGUAAGUGAAACUAUUUGGUAAUAACCUUUGUAGUCAAUUUUUUAAUGUUUACUAGCUUUUAUCCGCGACUUCGUCAGCGCGGAAUAAAAAAAAUGCAC